GUCAUGUGAUAUAGGUAAUAUAUUCAUACGGUGGUGCAAUCUCAAUUCAUUCAAGUACAAUCUACCUGUCUUGGUACACUUGGACACUGAUAAGCGAAUACGUUAGAUUGUUUCACGAAAUAUAUUAAGACUAGAGCCACUAAAGAUGUUGCUGUAUCACUCGAUGCUGCUGGUACUUCUAGCAGUAACGCUACCAGGACAAAAUCAUGCUACAACGGCAGGACAAACCACAGAACAGCCAACUACAAUGAAACCAACAACAGUGAAACCCACCUCAAUGAAACCAACAACAGCUGAUGUAACUACUACCAAACCAACUACAUCAAAACCAACUUCAUCGAAACCAACUACCAUGGCUACUACGGAGGGACCAACAACAGGCCCACCAUUGGUUCAUCUUUGUCCAAAUGGAUGUAAUUGCUCAUCCAUGGGUGCCGAUAGAAUUGUCAACUGCACUAAGGCCAUGUUACAGGAUGUGCCUAUGGGUAUACCUAAUGACACUACUGUACUUGAUUUAAGUUAUAAUAACAUAACGAAAUUGAACGGAACCAAUUCUCGUCUUGCAAAUUUAACAGUGUUAAGAUUGCUGUACAUAAUGAACAAUACGUUGAACACUGUCGAAGCAGGCGCUUUUGAAGGUUGCGGAAAACUAAGCGAAAUUUACUUCACCAACAACUCACUGGGUAACAAUGGAAUACAGCCAGAUGUUUUCAAUGACACUGCGGACCAAAUGGGUUAUUUGUAUUUUGAGAGAAAUGGUAUGAAUGAAAAUAUCAGCGCAGAAAUGUUCAAAGGUAUUAAAGCAAUUACAGGACUUAUGUUUGCAAAUAACAAUUUUACAAUGUUGAAAAAGGGCAUGUUCAAGUACACCAAGUCACUUACGGAUGUUCGUUUCGAGUACAAUCAUUUGAAAUCCAUUGAGGGUGGUGUUUGGGAUGAUGUUCCCACUUUAACAGUUAUGGAUCUAAGGUAUAACGAUUUCAACAGUCUUAAGUACCAAAUGUUCAAAGGCCUGAAAAGUAUGCUUAGUUUGCAUAUACUUAGGUGUCCUAUUGUGAAUGGUAUUGAAGAUGGCACUUUCCAAGAUAUGACAAAGCUCACUUUUCUCACUCUGGAAAGCAACGGUUUAAGUAAACUCUCCCCUGAUUUACUUCAGGGUCUUGGUCAGUUGAAAACUUUACGGUUUUAUGGUAAUGCCUUAGAAGCUGUAGAUGGUUCGACGUUUCAAUAUUCCCCUUUGCUCGAAGAUGUCGCCCUGUGGGAUAAUGAUAUCUCCCAAGUUACUGGCUCCAUUCAAACUCUGACCAAUCUGAAAGAAUUUAGUCUUGCAAUCAAUAGAAUCAAAAUCUUGAAAGGUGAUUUCUUCCCCAAUGUCACCACUCCUCUGUCCAUCGACAUUAGUAGGAACCCUCUCCAUUGUAAUUGUUUCUUUAACUGGACCAGCGGGAUGUCGAAAAACACAACGGUUAAGGGUAACUGUGAAACUCCUCGUAAAGUUAGUGGUAGGGAUAUAUCUAAAGUGGGUAAAUCUGAGUUUGUUUGCUAUAAGCCAACUAUUACUUCUAUGACUGAUAACCUCACAGUCAGUGCUGGUAGUAAUGUAACAGUGUUCUGUGCAGCAGAAGGUGACCCUCUUCCCAUUAUAAUGUGGAAAGCAAGUAAACUUGGUGUUACUAAAGUAAUUGGGCCACCAUCGGAUGACUCUUUGUUGUCUAAUGAUGGCAGCCUUACUCUCACAAACUUCAGCCGACCUUAUGAAGGGAAUUAUACAUGUUCUGCCCUUAGCCCUCUCACCACCGGAAGUCUUGCUGUAAGAACAAUUACUAUAAAAAUUGGACCCAAUUCCACGCCCAGUCCAUGGAAAGUGACGUAUGGUCAGUUUGUUGGCAGUGUCGUUGGUGCAGUCCUUGGUACAUUUGCUUGCACUGUUAUUGUGUUUCUUAUCGUUGGAUACUGUAGGGCUAAGAAAACAGCAGGGUAUCAACAAACAAUUUAAACCAAUAAACGGUGGUAUAUUCUUCUACCCAGUGUUUUUGUGAAGGGCUGUUGGGCAUCGGCGUCUGUAACAUAUGGUUACUCUUUUGAAAUUGCAACUGUGAAGUAAUAUUUUUUAUUCUUUAGUUUAUUUGUAAAUGCCCUUCUUAGAUGACUUAAUCAGAUGUUGGAGAGAAGCAUAUAUUGUAGUCAUUUAAAGAGUUCAUAUAUCCAAUUCACCAUUUUAAAACUUAAUAUAUCUCUUUGCAAAAUAAUGUACAGUGACAUUAAAUUAAGUAAGGCCAGUGCUCAGUGACUUAAAAGAGUUCGGACUUAAAUACUCUUAGUACGAGUGUAAUAUUGUGCAUUGUUUUAAUGGGAAAAUCAUGCCUACAUUCAUAUGUUGUUUUUUGUAAAUAUGUAUGUAUAUAGUGUUCUUAGCCGAAUUCAGAGAAUAAUCACUUGAAGAACCAAAUAUAUGGUAUGAUAUGGUCCAUGGACUCCGAAUAUAUUAUUAUUAUUAGCUCAUGUAUUCAAGGCUCGUGAUUGUUAUGAAAAACUGUGACAUUUUGUAACACGAUACACCCCCUACAACCUAGAGUGUGACAUCUGAAUGAUGAGUAGACUGAGAUGAUUAGAGAACAUUAAAGUUGUACAUAUUCUAGAAAUAUCUAAG